GUAUAUUUUGUCAACACAAUUUUAUAUAUAAGAUAUAACAAAACCUUGUGUUAGCCAUAUCUUCAACUUCUCAAAUCCAUGGCUAAUGGAGAUGAAAGCAAUAAUAAGCUUCACAUAGUUAUGUUUCCAUGGCUAGCUUUUGGUCAUAUUAUCCCAUUUCUUGAACUUUCCAAAUUCAUAGCUCAAAAGGGUCACAAAAUUUCUUUUAUUUCAACUCCAAGAAACAUUGAUCGUCUCCCAAAAAUUCCAUCUGAGUUUUCCAAUUCCAUAACUUUUGUAAAAAUCCCACUUCCCAAAGUUGAUGGCUUACCAGAAAAUGCAGAGGCCACUAUGGAUAUAACAAAUGAAGAAAUUAUUUAUCUCAAGAAAGCAAUGGAUGGUAUGGAAAAAGAGGUGACUAAAUUCUUGGAGAAAAAUACUCCUGAUUGGAUUAUUCAAGAUUUUGCGCAAUAUUGGUUAGCUCCUAUUUCAACAAGAUUAGGGAUAUCAAGAACUUUCUAUAGCAUCGUCAAUGCUUGGUUCAUUUCCUUCCUUGGUUCUAUUGAGAACAUGAUCAACACCAACAAUUGUUCACCACCCACGUUGGAGGAAUUUUUGGUACCACCAAAAUGGAUCCCAUUUGAAACAAAGGCUGCGUAUCGCAGCCACGAGGCACGUUGGAUGGUGGGGUCUAGCCAGAAAAAUGUUUCUGGCGUUUCAGACCUUUACCGUAACGGUGUCACACUUAUAGGGGUUGAUGCUAUUAUUAUUCGUCAUUGUCACGAGUUCGAAGGUCAGUGGUUGAAGUUGCUAGAGGAUCUUCAUCAUAAGCCCGUGCUUCCUACGGGGUUGAUGCCACCUAUAUUGGAAAGUAAUAGCGAUGAAACAAAUGAAUCUUGGAUAUCGAUUAAAGAAUGGUUAGAUGACAAGCCUAAAGGUUCGGUGGUUUAUAUAGCACUAGGAAGUGAAGUGACCAUUGGUCAGAGUGAAAUCAAUGAGCUAGCUCUUGGACUGGAGUUAUCUGGAAUAUCGUUCUUUUGGGUUUUGAGGAAGCCAUCCGGGUCGGGAAAUAUUGACCCGGUCGAGCUAUCGGAUGGGUUCGAGGAAAGAACUAGCGGUCAAGGCAUAAUAUGGAGGAGUUGGGCACCUCAAUUGAAGAUUUUGAGUCAUAAGUCAGUUGGUGGGUUCUUGACUCAUUGUGGAUGGAGCUCGAUUAUAGAAGGGUUAAUGUUUGGUCAUCCGUUGAUUAUGUUACCUUUUUUGGUUGAUCAAGGACUGAAUGCUAGAAUUUUAGAGGACAAAGGAGUUGGUGUAGAAGUUCCAAGAAACGAAGAGGACGGGUCCUUUACGGGGGACUCUGUGGCCAAAGCAGUAAAGCUAAUAAUGAUGGAAAAUGAUGGAAAGAUAAUUCGAGAGAAAGCAAAAGAAUUGAGUUCCAUGUUUGGUAACAAAGAUCUUCAUGAUAAGUACAUAGAAAAUUUGAUUGAAUUCUUGGAAGAUAGUAGAAAAGUGUCGAAUGGACGUGGAUCUAAUUAGAUCUUUAUGUAUGAAAAUUUUCCCACCCUUGCCAUUUUUUUUUUUUCCUUUAUUGUUAUUUUUAUCUUGUUUGUUGGAAAUGUUAUUAUGGUGAUGUACAUCUACAUGUCAUGUUUACGUGUACUUGCUUCUCAUUAUCUUGGGUUUAUUUAAUUAGACUAGAAAGAAGAAUCGUG